UAGCGUUUAACGAGCUUCAGUUUCGAUUACACUUUGCAACUCGACAAACAUCUCAUAUACCGCGCUUUAUCUCAUUUCUCGAUUUAGAUACCGGACAUGCGAUCGUUGUACAUCGUAAUUGCACUGCUGCCCGUUUUCGCGAUGGGCGUCGAGGACGUAGCGUGCAAUUGCGAGCACUGCGACGAGGAAAAAGUGAUCGGUUUGGGAAAGGAGACGACUACUCAGGCCAUGUACGAGGAGGACAGUGAUAAUGAUGGUAAUCGGACAAUUUGCGCCAGGAAUCGCGAUUUUAACGAGCGCACGUUCCCAAGCGUCUGUUACAUGCUGUGCUACAACCGUUGCACGAGAUACCGUAUGGUGGCGGUUCAGGAGAAUGACAUAAAGAAGUAUGUCAUGGUUGCAUACAGACCGAAUUACUAUAAAUUAAAAGACGGUGCCUGCUGAAACGGAGGACUGUUACGCGCUUUCGCAGAUCGUAAGCGAGAAGCUCGACGCGUAGGAUCGCUAGAGGAGUUUGAGCAGCAGUUUCGCAGAAUUUCCAAUUAUUCACUAAUAUACGAAAUAUUAAUAUAGACAUUAAUAUACGGAAAAAAGGUAUACUGUAGUAGUUUUACUAUCCAAGCAUCCUUUAUUUUGGAACGCACUAUCUCCAAUAUAGCUGUAACUCAAGACAGUGAGUGCGUUUCGGCAAAACUUUCCGCUACAACUGUAGCGGUCGCCAUUUUUCAUAGUUGCUCAAGGAUUGCUUAUAGGAACAAUAUGUCAUUCAUGAGCCAAUCUUCAAUACUUUCUAUUCUAUUCGAUUCAGUUAAUUGGCAAACGAGACUCUUACAAUUAAAAUAAAAUGUUGAGGUUAUGCACACUAAUGUAAGUAUAAUAUGGCGCCGCUACAAUUGUAGCAAAAAAAGCUGUGGCGCUACCGUAGCAGUCUUGCUGGAACGCACUUAAUAUCUUGAUGAAGAUUAAUGUAAGUAUAAAUCGAAGCGUGACACAAUAUUUUACCUCAUCAACAUUUCAUCAUA